AUGCGAAGCUGUCAUUUUUGCCCGCCAACCCCAGUGGCGGCGCUUGUGGCUGAUGUUGAUAAUUCUUGCUCGUUACGAGGAACAAGUAAAGCUUUGGUGAUAUGCAAGAAGAAGGGCACUAAAUCUUUCCAGAAUAAAGCCAGGUUGUUGCGCUUGCCCUCAAAGCGUAGAAACCAUGUCUCGUUCUCGAUCAACGAGUUGCAAGUCGGGUCCAUUUCGGACGUGUUCACUGCAAACCAUAAUGUUGUGUCAGAACGAGUUUUCAUCCGAAUGUUUUAUGGUUCUAUACAUAAGGUCUCGGACCCCACUCCCCCUUAUGGUAAGCGGCCAUGGCGUCUCUUCCACCAUAGCCAAUCUGCCCUUAGUUGCUUGUCGCUGCUCGUUGCGGUGCUUGCUGCGCUGCAGGAUCUCGAAUUGGCAAUGGCGACCUUGGCGAUGUCGGCUGCGCGGCGCCUGCUCUCCACUUCCACUGCGGCGAAAAAAAUCGUCGCCCCUCGCAGUUUCCCGCAUCAGUUCUCUCGCUCCGUGACGGGCAGGCCUGUUCAAGUCCCUCAUGACCGGGACACAAACGCAGCUUUGAAAAGCUUGCAGCAAGCGCAGCAGCCAGAAUUUCAAGAGGAAGCCCAGGAUAUGCCAGGGUCAUGGGUCGUAAAAGGACUAGUCCUCGCGAUGUUGACCUACAUCGGCAUGAAUGUGGCGCCCAUGAUGGGCGAAAACAUGGUGCGACAUUCUGUUUCGCUAGUAAAAGUGAAAGAUCCUUUCAUGAAACGAAGUGGCGCCUCGCGUCUCGCCAUGAUUGCUACGGAUGAUGAUAAGCGGAAAAGAAUAGUGGAUGCUGGUGGCGUGAAAGCACUCUUGAGCAUGCUUGAAACAGCUGCAGAUGACGACACCCGUAGAGAAGCUGUGACGGCAUUGGCAAUGUUAGCACAUUAUGAUCCCGCAGUGGAGGCAAUUCAUACGGCAGGAGGUGGUCUCUUGGUAAAUACACUGUCAGAGUCAACAACUGACAAUGUCACUCAAGAACACUGCUCUGCCUUGCUUGUGAAGCUGGGCCAGUGGAAUACUAACAAGUCAUAGGUAUGUAUUUACCAUGUGGCUCUUACCUAGCGGAUUUUGGUUCAUUGACGAUUUAAACCCUGAUAGCGAUUUUUUUGGUUCAAGAACUGUGAAGAACGAGAGCAACUGUGGGGCCUCAAUUGUAAAAUUAUUUUUGUAGAAUGUAGGAGCAUCUUACACGUAUUGAUCCCAUACAGUUCAUCCGCUGAUUGAGGCAAUGAAAUCACGGUUCGCAUGACAGCGAAUGGCGAUGAUCUUAGUAAUCGAUUGUAUUUAGAAUGGUGAUAUAGGUAUUCUUCUAGGUUCAAUUGGAUACUUGUCAUAGAUGGUAGUAUAUUUCACCCUGCCAACUGGGGAAUGAGUGAAGUAAUAAGUGGAUGAUGCGUUGAAAACACCUAGUAUUCGGAGUAUGAGCUUCGACAAUGAACUCUACUGUUUACUGUUUUUGUGAAGGCAUGAUUGCCUGAGUUCAACACUGGCGCUUGACACUUC